AGAAUGACUCAGUGGUAUCAGCUACAACAACUUGAUUCCAAGUUUCUGGAACAAGUCCACCAGUUGUAUGAUGACAGCUUUCCUAUGGAAAUCAGGCAGUACCUGGCUCAGUGGCUGGAAAAACAGGACUGGGAGCAUGCAGCCAACAAUGUGUCCUUUGCAACGGUGCUAUUCCAUGACCUGCUCUCACAGCUUGAUGAUCAGUUUAGUAGAUUCUUCAUAGAAAACAACUUUUUGCUGCAGCACAACAUAAGGAAAAGCAAACGUAAUCUUCAGGAUAACUUCCAAGAAGAUCCAAUACACAUGGCAAUGAUCAUUUACAACUGCCUGAAAGAAGAGAGGAAAAUCCUGAACAGUGCCCAACUGUCAAAUCAGAUGGAAGUGGGGAGCGCACAGAACACUGUGAUUGGGAUGCUGGACAAACAGAAGGAGCUGGAUGCAAAAGUUAGGGCUGUGAAAAAAAGCGUUACAGAUGUGGAGCAAGACAUCAAGACAUUAGAGGAUACGCAAGAUGAAUACGACUUCAAAAACAAGACUUUGCAGAACAGAGAGCACGAGUCCAAUGGGAUGUCACAGGAUGACUAUAAAAAAGAACAGAUGCAUCUCAGGAAGAUGUUACUGUCACUUGACUUCAAGAGAAAGGAAGUGGUGAACAAGAUAGGGCAGCUGCUGAACGCCACAGAGCACACACAGAGUGCUCUUAUUAAUGAGGAGCUGGUGGAGUGGAAACACAGACAACAGACUGCAUGCAUUGGUGGCCCACCCAAUGCUUGUCUUGACCAGCUACAGAACUGGUUCACCGUUGUUGCUGAAAGCCUACAGCAAGUUCGUCAGCAGCUCAAAAAGCUGGAGGAACUGGAACAGAAGUUUACCUAUGAAUCUGAUCCCAUCACAAAAAACAAACAAGUUCUGCAGGACAGAACCCACAGCCUUUUCAGGCAGCUCAUCCAGAGCUCCUUUGUGGUGGAGAGGCAGCCUUGCAUGCCAACGCAUCCUCAGAGGCCUUUAGUCCUGAAGACAGGAGUACAGUUUACUGUAAAACUGAGGUUGCUGGUGAAGUUGCAGGAGUUGAACUACAACUUGAAAGUGAAAGUUUUCUUCGAUAAAGAUGUAAGUGAGAAGAACUCAGUCAAAGGGUUCAGGAAAUUUAAUAUUUUGGGAACAAACACAAAAGUAAUGAACAUGGAAGAGUCUACUAAUGGCAGCCUAGCAGCAGAAUUCAGGCACUUGCAACUGAAAGAACAGAAGAAUGCAGGAAGCAGAACAAAUGAGGGCCCUCUCAUUGUAACUGAGGAACUCCACUCUCUGAGUUUUGAGACACAGCUGUGCCAGCCUGGCUUGGUAAUAGACCUGGAGACCACAUCGCUUCCCAUAGUUGUGAUCUCAAACGUGAGCCAGCUGCCAAGCGGAUGGGCUUCCAUCCUGUGGUUCAACAUGCUGUCUGCUGAGCCCAAGAACCUGUCCUUCUUUCUGAAUCCACCUUGUGCCAAGUGGUCUGUCCUCUCUGAAGUUCUGAGCUGGCAGUUUUCUUCUGUAACAAAGAGAGGACUUAAUGCAGAUCAGCUGAGCAUGCUGGGAGAGAAGCUACUUGGGCCAACAAGUGGAGGAGCUCAUGAUGGCCUCAUUCCUUGGACAAGAUUCUGCAAGGAAAAUAUAAAUGAUAAAAAUUUCCCUUUUUGGCUGUGGGUUGAGGGAAUCCUGGAGCUUAUUAAGAAACACCUCCUGUGUCUCUGGAAUGAUGGCUGCAUCAUGGGUUUCAUCAGCAAGGAGAGAGAACGUGCUCUGCUGAAGGACCAGCGGCCGGGAACCUUCCUGCUGAGGUUCAGUGAGAGCAGCAGGGAGGGAGCCAUCACCUUCACCUGGGUAGAAGGAUCUCAAAAUGAGCCCCAGUUCCACUCCGUAGAGCCAUACACCAAGAAGGAGCUCUGUGCUGUCACCUUCCCUGACAUCAUCCGCAACUACAAAGUGAUGGCAGCUGAAAACAUUCCUGAAAACCCCCUGAGGUUCCUGUACCCAGACAUACCCAAGGACAAUGCCUUUGGCAAGUACUACUCCAGGCCAAAGGAGGCACCAGAACCAAUGGAUUUGGAUGGUCCCAAGGGAAACGGCUACAUCAAGACGGAGUUAAUCUCUGUGUCUGAAGUUCACCCUUCCAGGCUCCAGUCUCCUGAAAACCUGCUCCCCAUGUCUCCUGAGGAGUUUGAUGAGGUGUCUCGGAUGGUGGGCCCAGCAGAGAUCGAUACUGUGAUGUGUUCAGCCUAUUCAACUUAAAGGUUGAGCUUUUCUCUGCAGCAUUAGCACAGCUGACCAGCUUAUGCAUCCUGCUCUGCAGUCAAGGACUCAGUGACACCUUUCAAUUCUUUGGUUUCUCAACCUGAAGGUCCAGCAGCAGUUUUUUAUCUAAUGGGCAUAUAAGCAGCAGGCUGAGCAGCCUCCUGAGCAGGCACUGGGGUUGGUGGUUUUUUCAGUUGGCU